CUCCUUUCUAUCUUCCCUCUGGUCCCAAUCAGCCUUUCACACAAGCUUCUUUUUUUUUUUUUAAAAUCUGUGAAGUCUGAAAGGUCAUAUAUCUCAGCACACAUUAUACUUACACUGUGCCACCCAACAGCAUGCCUUUCCCUACGUUUUGGUUGUAGUUGCACAUGUUUCUUUUUGGAAUGAUCAUCCACUUUCCUGCAUCGUGACCUUUAUUCGGGCGCCGUCAUUCCGCACUCGUCUGUCUGCUUUGAGUAUCCCGAGUCAUUUACCAGCAUGCAUUCGGCAGAUAAUAACCCCGUCAUCAUGCGACAUCUCCUGUAUUUUGAAGAAGUAUAUCUUCACAAUCCGCAGACUACCUAGCGAUUUAUCCACGUUGUCGUUGGCCUGCUGAUUAAGAUCAUCGCUCUGAACAAAGCUACUGUCCUGAUGUCUCCACUUCCGUCUGGACCCUUCACACUGCACGGCGGCUGCGACUGCACAGCCGUUCGCUACACAAUCUCCGUUCCAGCAGGAACAACCACUCCGUCAGAGGAAAAUCGUCUUCUCAAGAUUUUCUUCGAUCAUUGCAACAAAUGUCGACGAGUAAGCGGUGCUCUCGUUCAAGCCUGGCUGAGUUGUCCUCAAGAAUGGCUUGAGUGGUCCGUUGGCUCCACGGGACCUCUACCGUCUGAAGAGAAAGUCCGGACUUGGGUCACGACAUCGACUAAAGAUGUGUUGAAAAGUGUUCCUGGCGCUUCACCCGUGGCAAACUAUGCUUCCAGUCCUGGAGUUACAAGAACCUUCUGUGGACGAUGCGGUACGAAUUUGGCGUACUUUUAUGCGGGGAAGGGAGAACCGGAGGCAACACCUAUGAUUGAUAUUGUGCUAGGAAGUUUGGAUACCGAGAGCUUGGAGAUGGAGGGAAUGCGACCUGAUCGACAUUUGUAUUGGGAAAGUGGAAUCAAUUGGGUCAAAGAGCUUGUGACAGGAGGAGAUAAGUCGUUGGCAUUGGGCGAAGAGAAGCUUCCAAGGCAUCCCAGUGGUAGUAGAUUGGAGACUUGCUGAAGCGCAAGACAGAGAGGUAAAAUUGGGC